AUGAAGGGCACUCCCGUCGACCAGCUCGUCUACGAGUGUAUGUUCCCGAAACCACGAUCUACGGACCCCCAAAACUUCCACUCGCUCCUGCACCGGCACCUGAUUCUCGAGGUGCGACAGGAAGUCCACUCCUUCUAUGGCCACCUCAACACGCAAGAAGCCAAGUAUCCUGGCUUGGACUACUGCCAUCGCAUCCACCGUAUCAGACUCAGUCGCUGGCCUUGGCAUCGACGCCUGUUCCGUGCCCUGGACACUCUCCGCUUGACGCACUCCGAGAUUUCAAAUCUGACAAAGUGGGAGGGGACGAGAUGGGCCAAAGAGCGCUUCGAGCGCGACGCAGGAGUCGUCAUCAGGGACACGGCAACCGAGGAGGUGGGACAAUGGAUUGAGCCCGAAGACCGGCCACAAGCUCUGCGCGCCAUGCUGAGGGAGGAAGGUCUUGUAGAUGAAGAAGCAGAAGAAGAAGAAGAAGAGGAAGAAGAAGGGGACGAGGAAGUGGACCCGGGGUUUGAUGAGGACAUGGAAGGCGAGGAGAGCGAGGGCGAGCUGCAGAGCAUCGGCGUCCCCUUGAAUCAGCAGCUGCUGGCGCGUCGCGAAGCUGGUGAGAAUGCAGUGUCGCUUGAUGACGAGUGGGAGCAGUGGCUAAAGACGGUCAUCGACUCUGGUGCGCUCCCAUUCCUGACCGCCAGCGAUCCGGCAACUGCGACCUUGAUUCCCCAAGCACUGUUGCCUCCGAGGGUGCUCAUGGCCGCGAGGGCGGGACAGUGGGAUCAAGUGCCUGCUUUCCUUCACGACAUGCUCAGGCGCACUCUCUGUAUCGAGGCAGAAGCGACAGCAGAAACAACAGAACGCAGUCAGCCGCGCAUCGAAGGAUCUUCCAGGUCUGCACGCAACAUCUUGAGCUCAUCCUCCUGGCGACGGACCUACUCCGGGCUCAGCUUACCUCAUGGAGACAACACCGCCAAUACAAGCUCUGAUAGUGUGCGUUAUUACAACCGAACAGCGCAACCUGGUGCGUAA